AUGGGGGAAUUCCUUAUUGUGCCACAUUCACCCUGGAAAAUACAUGACAAGAUCACACUGAUAUGUCAAGAUAUUUUGAGACAGACACAAACAGGCUUUCUGGUGCUCCACAUCCCUGCAUAUGCAUAUCGUGCACAAGCAUUACACAUCCCUGGUUGGGAAGGACUGACAAAAAUCACUCAUCUCUAUCUCAAUAAUGCAAGUACAAAUAAUCAAAAAGUGAUUGAAGGCUGCUUCAUACAUGUGAUGAAAGAUGAAGGCAACAUCAUGUGGAAGCCAGAGGUGGGCAAGACACGUGACAGGAUUAUGGGUAAAACACAGAGGGCUUUUCCAGAUGAACAGCUGCUAGCUUUAUUUAAAGCAUGGAGGCAGAAAAAGCUGAAACUGGAUAUUGACAAAAGUGUAAGACACUUGUAUAUAUGUGAUUUCCACAAGAACUUCAUUCAAAGUGUCCGAAAUAAAAGAAAAAGGAAAACCAGUGAUGAUGGGGGAGACUCUCCAGAGCAUGAAAUAGAUGUUCCAGAGGUUGACUUGUUUCAGCUUCAAGUAAACACUUUGCGCCGUUACAAAAGACAUUACAAAUUACAAACCAGACCUGGUCUCAAUAAAGCUCAAUUGGCAGAAACCGUCAGUCGUCACUUCAGGAACAUCCCAGUGAAUGAAAAAGAAACUCUUGCUUACUUUAUCUACAUGGUAAAAAGCAACAAGAGCAGAUUGGAUCAGAAAACAGAAAGCAGUAAACUGGAAUGAAAGUUAGGUAGACUAUGGACUCAAAACAAGUGUAAUAUUAAAAAAAACAUCAGGUGCAU